UCUCGCUCUAUCGCUCCACCUUGACGUAUUGCCCAGCACACGACCCCACGCCUAUGGAAUCGCAAUGACAGGCCCUACAGCCGACGCCCCAGCGCCAAAGAAGCGCUCCUUCUUCAAGCGAGCAGCAUGGAUGGACGCAGAGAAGAAAGAGGGGGACGACAUGUUCAGUCACGCCAACGAAUUUACGGAUAUUGUCGCUGAGCAGACCAAGAGGGAGGAUGAGAAGAAGAAAAAGGCUGAAGACGAGAAGAAGCGCAAGUUGCAAGAGCAGCGCGAGAAAAAGCGGAGAAAGGUAACGACUGAGCAUGAUGCGCCGUCAUUAUCUGAAAGCGCGUCUCGCAGUUCUACGCGGGCAAGAAGGGCAGGCAGCAAAGCACUCAGCAGAACUUCGCUCUCUCCCGGACCCUCAGCACUUCCGUCAGACUCCCUCACCGCGCGCUAUGAGAGUCUCGCCAAGUCCGCCAUCACACAAGACGCAUUACCGCAGAAGAGUACCAUCAUUGUCGACUUAGUCGACUCAGGUGACGAACUCGACGAAGACGACGAUUCAGGCUACAACUCCAAGUCUUUCAAUGACAACGCAAGUUUCGGCAACUCUACAUCGUUCAACGAGGACCGCAAACGUGACGUGGUACUUCGUCCCUCCAAACCUGCACCUGUGAAUGAUGACGAACCUGAGGAAGUCAUGGACCCUGUGUUAGCCGCACUUGUAGCCAAGGCGCGACAACGAGCAGCAGACAGCGCACAAGCUGCCGCCACGCCAACAUCGAAUGACGACUCGGUCAAAGUUGCUGUUGCACAGCUAUUCAUACAACCCAUGAUGGAAGGUGCAAACCCGUUGAUGGUCAAAGUAAGGAUAGACAGUACGAUUGAAAAGCCACGGCUAGCAUGGUGCGGCAGACAAGGCUUCUCGCCAGAAGUGACAAAGAGCGUGUUCUUCACGUGGAAGGGACAGCGCAUGUACGACAGUACUACCAUAAGGAGGUUGGGGAUAAAAGUAGAUGCAAUCGGGAACGCUUUCAUUGACGGCGACUCGAAUAUCUACGGCGACGAGAAGCCUUUACCGAAAGUCGCUGUUGAAGCGUGGACUGAAGAACUCUUCAAGCAACACAAGAAGGACGAAGCUGCGGACGCUGCCGCAAAGAAGAAGGCAGCUGAAGCGCCACCUGUAGUCGAAGAGAGAUCGCCGACACCUGAGCCUGCCCCGAAGGUAAUAAAAUAUCGACUGACAUUGAAGGCCAGAGGCAGAGCAGACUUUAAAAUUCAAGUCAAUCCGGACACCGAUUUUGGUCAUCUCGCAAACGCCUACAAGCAGGGUCUGAAACUUGACAAGUCGCAAGCCAUUACCUUGACAUUUGACGGCGAACGUCUUUCGCCCCUGGUCACGGUCGCGGAUACAGACAUUGAGGACAUGGACUCCAUCGACGUCCUGUUCAAGUGAGGCGACGAUUCCGUUUUCAAACGUACUUCUCUUCUCAUCACACUUUUCGGUGGAUUGUCUGAUGUACAGUCUACUUUGCUCACACUGGCGUUUUCGAACCUUUUGACUUCUCUGGGACACGGUUACAAGCAUGGCGUUGGUGGCUCUUUGCGCGGUUCAGCAACACCGUACGUACAUCUUGCUUUGGCAAACGUCACGGCUACAUGUUGGGGAACUUUGAAAUAUCACUCCCUACUACGAAUUACGAUUACAAUUACAACCCCCCACUUGAGCGUAGAUGCUGCAGGUUAUCUCUAGUCAAACUACGUCAACAUUUCGUAAAUCAGACUAUUAUAAACAUACGUCCGCUUUACACGUGGAGUUUCUGUUCUCACGGGUCUCAACUUCCAAUAUCGUCUGCUGCCCACUUGCAAAUUGCGCUAUCAUCGUACACUCUGCCGCCUCCACGACACCGUCUUCUCCAACAACGUUCCUAGCCAGGAGCUUUCGAUAGCGUGUU